AUGGGGUCCUCUCUCCCCCCGUCGUCUGUCGCCGUGCUCACCACCGCAGCCCACGAGCACCGCCACCACCCGUGCUCUCCCGACGACGACUACUGCGAAGACGACGACUUCGAGUUCACGCCUCUCCUCCUCAGGCCGCGGCGCCGGCGCAUCAUCAACGCGCGCACCGAGCGUCCAAGAACAACCGUCGUCCAUGUCGCGGCCACUACGGUCGCCCUCGCCCAGCCGCAGCCUCCCCAGCGCGCGCGCCGCGGAGCGCCAAGCGUCGCGGCGGUAGGGACGACGCCGGCGCCACCAAGGAAGCCGCAGCAGGUGCGGUGGCACGACAUGGCGUUCGGGUCCGUGCGCGUGCCGGCGGCCAUGGACAUGGGCGAGAUCAGGAGGCGCCUGAGGGCGCGGCAGCAGCAGGCUCUGGCUGCAGGCGGCGCCGGGAACGAGCAGCCGUCUUCCUCCGCCGCGGGGUGGGCGCCGUGGAGGCUCAUACGGUCGCUGAGCUGCAAGGGCGUCGAGGCCGUGGCGGCUGCCGCGGCGCCGGUCAGGCUGGUGUAG